UCAUUCAUUCACAUUCGUCUCUCGCACAUCUCGAAAAUCGAUGUGUGUAUUUGAUGUUGAUUAGUCGCAGCUAGAAAGCCCAAGCCUAAGUCAUGGCGGAUCCGAACAGCAGCUAUGAGCAGGAGUGCCAGCGAGCCGAGCUGCUUGGCGUGCAGCCGCCGGAUAGAGAGGAAUUUGAGCGCCAGCGCAAGGAACGCCUGGAACAGCAAUUGGCUGAAGAGGAGGUCGCCGAGGCAGCCCUGCUGGUGCAGCAGGAGGAAUCGCUGCACGGCGCCAGCGGCAAGCUGGAUGAGCUAAAUAGCAUAUUGUCCAGCACGCAGCAGCGUUUGAAUCGUUUCAAGCAAAGUGCAUGCGGCAGUCUGACAAACAUUUUCACGCGCGGCGGCAGCAUCAGUAACACUGCCAGUGCAUCCAUGGACGUGCCCAGCAUUGCCAGCAGCGGCGGCAGCGGCAUUGAGGAGCCAGCCGAGCAGCCAGUGCAGCGUCAGCCGAAGCCAAUGCCACCGCCCACAGCGGCAGAGGUAGCCGCGGCCAAGGCGGCCAAGCGUGUCAUGAUGGACGGUCAGCUAGACAAACUAGAUUCCAUGAUCAACAAGGCGGACAAUGCGCAGCUGGCCAUGAGCGAGCAGACGAAGCAAAUGCGUCGCAUAACCAAGUGAGAGACGAUAUUGUUUUUGGUUUUUGUUGUUGUUGGGGAUUAGGUAACUUAUACAAAGCAUUUUUUUUUAUUCAGUUCUCUGAUUGCUCCAAAUAUAUAUAUAUAUAUAUACAUAUAUACUUAUAUAUAACUGAACACAUGCGUUGGCCUAAAUCACAAAAUAAUUAAACAUAGUCGAGAUUUUCAAUCACAAAUUUGCAAAGCUUGUCUUCGCAUUUGGUUCAUAUAUAUAUAUAUACAUAUACGAAUCA